GAAUUUCAUUAGUUAUUAGGUUGGUUAUAAGGAUCCAAGAUACUGGUCGCUUCGAGGGCAAGUUGUUGACAAGAAGAAAUUGUUGCUCACUUCCUGUCAUUGCCUUUCUUGCUACUCGCGCCUGAGCUCAUUACUCGAUGUGAGUCUCAUACAAUACAGAAAUGAAGGAGAAGUGUAUCCAUCACAAUGCAUGGAAGGAGCGAGCAGGGGGCGAAACCGCCUAUACGCCCAUUCAGCGGAGCCUUCGUGUUUUGUGGGUCGACAAAUUGGACCCCACAAAAGCUUCCAAGCGUCCAGCAGUUGUCUGCAUGCACUGUGCAGCAGUCGGGAAGGGGCUAGAGAGGCACUGCAGCGAGCAUGCCUCAACUGGGCACCCCCUGGCGCUGGAUGUGCAGAGGUUAGAGCUGUACUGCUGCGCCUGCCGCGAUAACAUCUAUGACCCAGACUUUGACCGCUGCGUGUCGGGUGCUGCGGCGUUGGCCUUGUCAGUGGACAACAGCAGUGCGGCUGCCAGUGGCGCCAAAGCGCCGCCGGCCGCCGCUGCGAACGGCCACAAGCGGAAACGCAUUGAGGAGUCUGCGAGCGGCCCGCAGCUGAUGGCUGCCAGGGGUAUCAGCCGGGCGCAUGAUCUGCCUUUUGGGCUUCGCGGCCUCUCCAACCUGGGCAACACCUGCUUCAUGAACAGCGUGCUGCAGGCGCUGCUGCAUGCACCGCUUCUGCGCAACUUCUACCUGGGGGGCUCGCACUCGGCUGCUCUGUGCCCCCACCGCCACUCCAAGCCCUGCCUCUCCUGCGAGCUGGAUGGGCUCUUUUCUGCAGCCUAUUCGGGUGCGAGCUCGCCCUUCAGUCCGGCGGCGUUCCUGUACGCGUGGUGGUGCCACGCGGACCACCACCUGGCAGGCUACCAGCAGCAGGACGCACACGAAUUCUACCUCUUCGCGCUCUCCGGACUCUCGCAUUCUCGCCUGCCCAGCGAUUCAAGCAACGAGCUGACAGCUGCGGCUGCCUCCGCUGCCGCACCUGCAGAGCGCCAGACAGGCGCUCUGGAGGCUCCCAGGCCGGUGAAGCAGGAGGCGGGCAGCGCCGGCUGGCAGGUGCCGGUUACAGAUUUUCUGGACCUGACCUCUGACCUCGACAGCUGCACCCUGCCCAGCUUCUUCUCUCCGUCCCACAACCAAGAAGAGGCCAAGCCCUGCGCAGACGACCGCACUGCCUCAAAUGAGCGGGCUUCCUCCUCUGGCGGCUCAGGCGCAGAAGAGGCCGAGAGCGCGCUGCAGCGCAUCUUCGGGGGCCUGUUGCAAUCGGACGUCAUGUGCUGUGCGUGCGGCCACACCUCCACAGCACUCGACCCUUUCCUCGACAUUUCCCUGGACAUCAAGCCUCCCCCGCUGCCGCCCGCGCCCCUGCUGCGACCGCCGGGGCCCAUGCACAAGCAGGCGAAUGCGCAGCGGAGGCUCUCAGGCGCGGCGGCGAUGGCGGUGGCGGCAGCGCAGAAGCGCGCGGCCAGCGUUGCCGGCGCCGAUCCUUCGGUCGGCACCUCCGGCGAGACGGCUGCGCCGGCCGGGGCCGGCCCGGCCGCGGCUGCGGUGGCGGCGGCUUCUGCAGCAGCUGCCUCGCAGCUGCCAGACGACCGCGCGUCGCCGGACACGACGGCGACGUCCGCCGUUGGCGAGGCGGCCAGCGCGGCGCCCGGCGCAGGGAACGCCGUUGCAGGCGGGGACAACAGCAGCGAGUCAUUGGACAUCGUUGGAUCGUACACGAGGGAGCCGAGCCCCCAGGGGACAACAUCGCCCCUUCUGGAGGCGGGCGGCAGCGGCGGCACCGCCCGGCGCGGCAGCACAGAAGGUGACGGCUACCACAGCAGCGCGCAUGAAGCAUCGGCCCCUCCUGCAAGCACUGCCAGAGGCGCACUGAGCUCUGAGGGCGCCAGCAGCGGCAUCAUGGGCGACUCACAGGCCGGGUUACGGGAUGAGGUUCUCACCUCCCCUGCUCCAGGGGGCGAUGAUGCAAUGGACGGUGGCCAGUUCUGGCGCCCCACCUCUGCCCCACUCCCCUCCUCCACCCAGCGGCCGCCGUUUGCCCCAGCUCCAGCUCCGGUGCGGCCGCGAUCGGGGGGCACGGGCAAGAAGCAGCGGCCGACGCGCUGCAUGAAGUGCGCGACUUGUUUGAAGCCGCAGCUGAAGAAGGCGUGCCUGCGCAACAAGGCGCUGCGCUCUGCAGGCAACCUCGCCGCACUAGACGAGCCCCCGCCACCUGUCGCUGACCUGGCUCUGCCCGCCUUAGCUCCCUUGAAGAGGAUGCCAAAUGCAGAGGAGGAGGUGCAGGGCGGGAUCAGCCGCUCCGGCAGCUUCACCUUCCCGACACGCGGCAGCCUCCCGCUGCCGGUCACGCCGCGCAGCCCGGCCCCGGCUUCCGCAGCCGCCGCCGCCCUGGCACCCGCCGGUCCCUCCCUGCUGACUCACCGCUCAGUCACCGCCGACAGCGCCGCAGCCGCAGCCGGUAGCCCGGAACUGGCUGCCGCCGCGCCGCGCAGCGGCACGGCCUUAGAGUCUGCGGCGGCGGCCGCCGCCGCAUCCAACGCCGGGGGGACUCCCGCCCCCGCCGGGGUGUACGGGGCCGCGGCGCCGGAUUGCCCGGGCCCCGUAACGGCGCAGUACGGGGCGGCGAGCCUGGUGGGCUGCUUGCACCGGUUUGUGCGGCCGGAGAGCCUUGGGCCGGGGGAAAGGUGGACGUGUGAGCGGUGCCGGCUGCAGCAACGCGCGGUCAAGCAGAUGUCAAUCCGGCGGCUGCCGCCCGUGCUUUGCCUGCAUGUUAAGCGCUUCGAGCACAUGGGCGUGGGAAAAAAGCUGAAUACGCCCCUGCUCUUCUCAGCACACCUGGACGUUCGCCCGUACCUGUCCUCGACCGUGCUGCAGAAGCGGUUCACAGUCAAGAGGCCGCCAGAGCGGCGCAAGAACGGCCUCUCUGAUGACUCCGAUGAAGUCAGCGUCAUCUAUGAGCUGUACGCUGUUGUGUGCCACCGUGGCAACCUGCAGGGAGGACACUAUGUGGCGUAUGUCAAGUGCGGCAACUCCUGGUACCUGUGCGACGACGGCUUUGUGCUCGAAGUGGAUGAGGCAACCGCAUGCAGCCCCAACGCAUACAUGCUAUACUACCGGCACACCUCUGUGCGCGCUUGA